GGGAAGGCCUGGUCACCCUUUGAAAACUGCGAAGGCGCACAGGUGAGUCUCGACCUGGAGGACCAGAGCUGAAGCAGGUGAAGAGAUCAGCGCGGCUUCUCCCAAGUCACAAUGCUAAUAAGGGAUAGACCUAGGAUCCCAUUGACCUGAGCGCCAUCUCCUCUUCCAGCUCUGCAGACUCAGGCCUGGCCCUUUGUCCUGGAUAUGCGUCCCCAGGAGCCAGCAGUGACCACCAGGACCCUGACAGCUGAGGACCAGGUAUCAGUGACUUUCAAGGAUGUGGCUGUGGAUUUCACUCUGGAGGAAUGGGACCAGCUAGGGCCUGGCCAGAGGGAGCUGUACCGGGACGUGAUGCUGGAGAACUACCAGAACCUUCUUUCAUUAGGGCUUCUGGGGUCCAAACCUGACAUGAUCUCCUGUCUGGAGCGAGGGGAAGAGCCCAGGAUGAAGAAGAGAGAAGCCCAGCAAGUUACCUGUCCAGGAGAGAAACCCUACAUGUGCAACGAUUGUGGCAAGACCUUUACUCAGAGCUCAUCACUGACCGAGCAUCAGAGGAUCCACACUGGGGAGAAACCAUACCAAUGCCGGGAAUGCGGGAAGGCCUUCACCCAGAGCUCCUCCCUCAUUAAGCACCAGCGGUGCCACACUGGGGAGAAGCCCUAUAAAUCCUACAGAUGUAACGAGUGUGGGAAAAGCUUCAGCCACAGCUCGUCCCUGACCCAGCAUCAGCGGGUUCACACAGGAGAAAAACCCUACGAGUGUUCCAAGUGUGGCAAAGCCUUCAGCCACAGUUCGUCCCUGACUCAGCACCAGAGGAUUCACACUGGUGAGAAGCCCUAUGAGUGUCACGAGUGCGGGAAGGCUUACACACAGAUUUCCCACCUCAUGAGGCACCAGAGCAUUCACAUGGGGGAAAAACCAUAUACCUGUAAUGAGUGUGGCAAGGCUUUCAGUCACAACUCCUCCUUUACUCAACACCAGACGACUCACACUGGUGAGAAGCCCUACAAAUGUAAUGAGUGUGGGAAAACCUUCAGCCAGAACUCUUCCCUGACGCGCCACCAGAGGAUUCACACCGGGGAGAAGCCCUACAAGUGUAACAUUUGCGGGAAAGCCUAUACCCAGAUUUCCCACCUCAUUCAACACCAGAGGGUUCACACUGGGGAGAAACCUUACGAGUGCAGUGACUGUGGGAAAGCUUUCAGUCGGAGCACCCACCUUAUGGAGCAUCAGAAAAUCCACACAGGAGAGAAACCGUAUAAGUGUAAGGAGUGUGGGAAGACAUUCAGUCACAACUCAUCCCUUACACAGCAUCAGAGGAUUCACACCGGUGAGAAACCCUACGCCUGUAAGGAAUGUGGGAAAGCCUUCAACCAGAGCAUUCACCUUAUUCAGCAUCAGAGGAUUCAUACUGGAGAGAAGCCCUACAAAUGUAGCAACUGUGGGAAAACCUAUACCCAGAUCUCACACCUUAUUCAACACCAGAAAGUUCACACAGGUGACAGGCACUAUGCGUGUAAAGAAUAUGGAGAGGAUUUCAGCUGGAGCUCACACCUGGCCCAACAUCAGAGACUUCACACUAUGCACAGCACCUAUGUCUGUGAUGAUUUUGAGAAAACCUUUGUUUGGAGGACACAGCUUGCUGAUAAUCAGAGAACUCAUGCUGAUUAGAAAACCUGAGAAUGAAACAAACUGGCAUUUCCACUGCCAGAUUCAGUUCAGCCCUCAUCAGCAUUGGUAAUUUCUUCCCAAAGAGGAACUCAAACACUACACAUUGUGACAAUUGGUCUCUUUUUUUCCUAAAGGAGGAAAGAGUUUAUCUCCAGCUCGGACAGCUUCUCAUCAUUUUAGCUCUCAAAUCUCAAUAUCCUCCCUAUUUCUCAGUCCUGCCAUGUCACUAGGGGGUGAUCUAACUGGGUUGCAGAUACACCUGGGAUCUUCAAUAAGGUCUCUCUGAGCUUUUAAAUGUUUUGAUUGUUCAUUAAAUUGGAACUGAAAAUUCAAGAAAAAAAGACAGCUGGAAAGAAUAACCCUAUAGAAUAAAACUCUCAACUAUGUCACUGAAUUUAAAUACUAGACCAUUUUAGUUUCCUUUAAAA